AUGUCCUUGACAAAACGAACACGUUUUAUACUUGUACGGAGUACACGAAAUGCCAAUGCAACGGAAGAUAACAUUGAACCAUAUCAUAUCAGUAUAUUUCGACGUUCAUCAUCUAUGCCACCACUACCAAAGCGCUCUUCAACGACUAAAUCAAAUUUUCUUCAACGAGAUCAACGACAGCAAUCAAGUGAAUCGUCUACGAUGGUUACUAAUAGAUAUCAACAGCGUGAUAAAGAGGAAAUAUCUACAAAUAAGUUCUACAAACUUAAUAUCCAAACAAUGAAAAAGAAAUCGGCAAGGAUCAGUAUGCGUUUAUCCAAUGCCUUUGGUCUAUCGGCGCAUACAGUUGACGAACAUUUUAAUUAUCAAGAACAGCGUUUUCGUGCAAUGGAAAAGUUUCUGAAAGUAUUCCUACGAAAUGUUCAUAUCGAUAUCGAAGCUUUAAGGGAAAGUAUUUUGACGCAAGUGGAUGUUGCUGAAGAUCUCGAAGAAUUAUUAGAUGAUAAAAUACCGGAUCUUUUCCAACAAUUCAUUCGUUCAAAACGCUACUUGCUUGAAAAUAUUUUCCAUGCUUUUCGGAAUCACAUUGAAUUGUACGUUAUAAAUUCAAUUGAUAUGUUAUUGAAAUUAUUUAUUCCGCCAUCGAAUCUAAUUGCUAAACGAAAUAACAAAUUAUUAGAUUACGAUAGUGCUCAAUCAGCUUACGAGAAAGUCAAAGACCAACAAUUGAAACAAGCAAAACAAGUACUCGAUCUUUCCAAACAAACCUACGAAACAUUGAAUAAUCAAUUGCUUGAAGAACUACCUAUCCUAUACGAAACGAGUUGUGAAAUAUUAUCACUCGCUACAAAGGAAUACAUUCGAGCAUAUUAUCGUUUAAUGCAACAUAUGAAUACAAAUAUUCAACUUGUUCUUAAUAAGACGGUUCCGUUAGUGACUUCGGAACAUUUAACUUGGCAGAACAUCUUAGAACGAUAUUUAACUAAGAAUGAUGCUGUUGGUGAACAGAUUUUUCAAUUGACGAUUACGGCGAAGAAUUUCUCCGAGCGAGUAAAAGGUUUAUCAACGUCGAGAGUCGGAUCCGGAGUGGCUAAUACGUACAAUUGUGAUAAAGAAACGUACAUACAAACGGACGAGAUUCGACAAUCCAUGAAGAAUCGAUACCCAGAAAAAGAUCUAUUCGUUGUCAUUCAAGGUUAUACUGGAUGUUCAAAUAAUCAAUCAACGAUGUCGCGAACUGAAUUCACCGUUCAAAAUGGUGAUCUGGUUAGUGUUGUUCAACGGUAUGAUGAAGAUCAGCCGUGGCUUGUCGAUAAUGGAAUUCUGCAAGGUUAUCUACCACGAUGUGCUCUCGUCCCGUUAGUAACAAAUGCUCAACCAGAUUCUCGUUCGAUUCCACCGCCAAUACCAGUUCGUCAUGAUCUGCGAACAGCUACGCGAGCUCCUUUACCCUUACCUCGUACGAACAUUCGUUCAAAAACUAUUCAACCUCGAAGUUCCCUAUCGAGAGAUAAUACAGGUUCUGAACCAUGUUUAAUCAAUUCUGCGCAUUACGUCGAAGAAGUCAACGAACAACUUUAUCUGAAUCAAGUUCAAGCUCGAUUCUCAACUUCAGUGAUCACUAGUGAUUGUCAUCACUAUGCUAGUAUUGAUUUAGAAGAUUCGACUACCGAUCAAACGAAUACAGAUGAACAAAUCUAUAUCGCCCUAUAUGAUUUUAAUAGUACAAGUCAUGGCGUUCUUUCUCUGUGUAUUGGCGAACGAUUGAGAAUGUUACAACGCUUUGAUGGGGACGGGAACGAAGAGUGGUGGUUUGUGGAAAAGAUUAACGAAACUAAAGAUAAAGGAUAUGUGCCUGCUAAUUACAUUCGAGCAGCCUAG